CACCCCACCACUGACUCACACACACACACACACACAAGGAUAUUCCACACACACAUCAUGCUGAAAUUGUUGUUGUCGCUGCUGCUGCUGUGCGCCCUGGCCGCUGCACGGCCUGGAUAUCUGCAUGGCCACCACCACCAUUAUCCGGAGUAUCCGCUGUUGGCCGCACACCACCACCACAUCGAGCCGCUGCAUGUGGCCAAGAUUGUGCAUGUGCCCGCUGCCGUGUCGCAUCAGAGCUCGACGGUGGUGCACAGCGUGCCGCAUCACAUUAUCAAGCCGGUGGUGUUGCCCACUGUGGUGAAGACUUUGGUGCAUCCACCCAUCAUCAAGACCUACCAUCCGGCGCCCAUUAUCAAGGCCUAUCCCUACGAUCCCUUCCACUUUCAUCAUCAUCAUCACGAUUUCCAUGAUUAUCACCUGCACUAG